CACACCUUUUUCCUUUCAAAUAUUCCCUCCUCUUGUACAAAUAAAAGCCACCCAUUUGAUUCUUCUUUCAUACUCCCGACUCUCUCCGUCUCUUGGCGUCUGUCUUCUUUCUCUUUCUCCAAUGUUUCCAGAGUUAGAGAAACCUAGAGUUACUGAGAUUCAAGUCCGAAUGGACUGUAAUGGGUGCGUGCAGAAGAUCAAGAAAGCACUGCAUGGCAUCAAUGGUAAGCACAGCAAUUAGUAUAUAUGAUCUCUACAUUAAUGUCCCCCAACAGAAGUUGACAGUAAUCGGAUGGGCAGAUCCAGAAAAAAUAGUGAAAGCCAUCAGGAAAACUAGAAAGAUCGCUACUAUAUGUUCUCACACUGAGCCGUCAGAUCAGCCUCCUGCUCAGCCCACAGAACCACCUCAACCAGCACCUGAAGGUGCAGCCCCACCAGCCCACGAAGCAGCUAACCCUCCCGCAACAGAAGUCCCACCAGCUGAGGCAGCAGCACCACCAGCAGAGCCCCCAAAAGACCCACCACCACCUGAGAAUCCACCACCACAACCACCAGAGGAAAAACCAUCACCAUCAUCUGUUGCUAUAGAGACCAAUGCAAACCAGCCUCCACAAUCUUCUGGUCCAAAAGAUGUAGGAGAGGUUCAUGUAAUAUACCAUCACCCACCUGACUAUGGCUAUAGAUACGGGUAUGGUCAUAGCUCUGGUGGUCAAUGGAACAGGUACCCUAAUGGUCAUGGGCUUCCACCAGAGCCACCACAGCCUGUUUAUGUGACUCACAGCUACAACACAUACAGGCCAUCACCAUAUGUCACUGAAUAUGAGUAUAUCAGGUCUCCACCACGACACACAACUUACAGUAGGAUGGAUCAUUACAGUGACGAUUAUCACGAAAAUUCUCGCAAUGGAAACAUCACAUCAAUCUUCAGCGAUGAAAAUCCAAAUGCGUGUAGGAUAGUAUGAAAGGUUUGAAGAUGACAAGAGAUCACGAGGCACUUUCUUUUGCCUCGGGAAAAAGAGAAAACUUGUGGAGAAUAAUCAAGAAACAUGAUAGAAUGUUGGUGGCGGUAAUAUUUUUCUAAUAAGCAUGUGAAAAUGUUUAGGGAAAGAAUGAGAUUCCAAGCUUCUUAGUGCCGGAAGAAUUGAUUCUGCAUAGCUGAUAACACACACUGCCUGCUAUUCAAUUCCUGUAUGUAGUAGUAGAAUCCCAUAAAAGAAUUACUUAUGUUCCAAAACUAUACAUAUCUCUCAGCCUACCAUUUUUUGACAAACACCGUCCCUUCUGUAUUAUACAUUUAUCUAUAGAAUUUCUGCUCCUAAAGUUGAUAUUCUUCUUCCUAAAGAGCUUUCGCCAA